CUAGCUAGCUCACUCUACUGGGGUAGCUUUAUCUGACACGACGCACGUUCUCCGAGGAGCAGCCAACCCAACCCAGCCCGGCAACCCGCGCCACCCCGUCGUCCAAUGCCACUCUCUGCCGCUGUUGCUGCUACCACCUCCAACUCCCCGGCACACAAGCCCCACUCCUCUCCCUCAGCCCUCGCCGCCGGCGCCUGAUCUUGCCCGGGGUUCGCGCGAGGGGACAGCCGGACAGGAGCCGCGAUGAAGAUCCUCGAGUCGCCCCUCAUGGGCGAGUUCAUCGGCUACCUCAAGUCCAACUGGGGCGGCAACUCGCGGGUGAGCCAGCGCCGGCGCCGGCUGCGGCAGCUGGUGGCGAUGGUGCGCGGGGUGGCGGACGCCGCCGAGGCCCGGGCGGCGGUGCGGGGCAGCUCCCUCCACCGCUGGCUGCAGCUGCUGCGGAAGGAGGCGCUGCGCGGGCAGCAGGUGCUCGACGCCACCACCGACCCCUCCGCCGUCGUCGGCUCGGCCAAGAAGUUCCUCGCGGGACUCAAGUCCCUCUUCGUCUGCAGCGCCGAGGUGGACCGCCUCACCGACGCCGUCGACGCGCUCGAGCGCCUCGCCGGCCCCGGCGCCGACCUCGACAUCUUCCUGAAGGUGCUCCGGCUCGACGUCGCCAUGGACGUCGACGACGCCGCCGCCGCUCCGGCCCCGGCUGGCCCCUUCUCGGCCGCGCAUUACGUGGACCAGGGCAGCUACUCCGUCGCCACCGCGCCCGGCGCCAAGAGGAAGCGCGCGGGGAGCUCCGGCGUCGACCAGGCCGGGGACGCGGACGGCGAGGCCGCGUCCCACUCCCACGGCCGGGGCGUCCUCGACCGCGCGUACCGGCACAAGCGCCGGGCCCUGGCGUGCAAGCGGCACACCGGCUUCUUCCCUCCGCCGGCGGGGCCAGACCGCUCCGUGGCGGUGGCGAUGGCCAUGGCCAGGGUGCGCCGCCGCAUCGGGACGCCGAGCCUCGGGCGGCCCUUCUCCAGGAUCUCCUUGGAGUGAAGCGAAGUGAAGAUCGAGCAGCAAGUAUGCGAUUUCUCGUGCAUCUUGCUGCUAGAACUGCUGAUGCAGAUUACCACUACUAGUUCGUCCUAGCUACCUAACAGAGUCGUUCAGUCAGAUUUCUAGUUAGCUGCUCGAGAUUAAGUACCACUACGUAGUACUAGUUCAACAUUUCUAACAUGAAUGGAUGAUGAAUGAAAUUGAUGUAUCAGUUUCGCUCCUUCUGGUUUGCAAGUGCCCCCUCACAUUUUACUCAA